UACAUUUCAUUCCUAGGUUCUUUGAGAAAACCGCCACCGCUACCGCCUCUGCCUCUACCUCUUUGUCUUUACCUCCAUUGAAACAAACGAGUGGAUAUUUCCUCAUCCACUCUCCUUUGUUCGUUCGUCGGAAUCAGAAGGGCAGGCAAUCAAAAUCGGAGGUACUUCUCGCCGUCCGUCAUCUCCAUCGCCAUCGAACGCUAAAUCCUAACCGCUAGACCGCCUUACAUUGUCUUCGAUCAUCUGAACUCUUUCUGCUACAUCAAACUAUCCGGAUGGAAUCGAAAAUCUCAGGCCGAAAGGGCCGGCAUCGACCAAUCAUCGUACAAACGAACGAUCUACUUAGGUAUGCACCACCGCACUACGACCGUUUUCCCCUUCCACCAUGGCGCCGCCGACGUCUAUCUCUAUGCCAUCUGUCGCAUACCAAAAGACGGUGAUGCUGCUGACGGACUUUCAGGGUUUUUUGCAUCUGGGUUGGUGUUGGAACUGAAAAAAAAAUGGUGGGAUAAGUUAUGCAGAAUAGUUGUGGAAAACGUUGUUGCGACUCCAUACCUUGGUUCAAGAGGACAUGGACAGGUCCCAAUGUUCUUUGGAGUUAAAAGCCUUGAGAAAAUAGGGUACCACAGUUCAGUGGUGGUUAGAAGAACAAGGAGACAUCUAUACUUGAAAGACAAGGCUAAUGGACACACCCCUCUCUUGGUUCAGAUGGCCAAUGAUUCAGAACACCUAAAGUUCAUGCAAGUCUUUUUAGGAUGUUAA